GAUAAACAGAUCUGUUCACACCAACUAGCGGGGCUGCCUGCGUCAAUAAAAGGCGGUAGCAGAGUCAGUGAACUGGCAUUUGGGGCUUGGAGGAUUAUCACUGCAAAGUCACUUCACAUUAAAGUUAAGUAAAAUGCCAGGAUUUUUUUUUUCCCACAACAAUAUGACAGAAUUAAACAGAAAAGACGACUGCAAGCUUGCAGAAGACAAAAUCCAUAAGAAGAAGCAAAAGGCUUUUGGCACGGAUCUCAAGAAUUAUUUGAAGUGCAUGGUACCACAUAUUGAAUCUGGGAUCAAGACGUCUAACUCCAGAAAUGUCAUGCUUUCUGCAGAGGAAGUAAUACAGUGGUCACAGUCUUUGGAAAAGCUCUUGGCCAGCCAAAGUGGUCAAGGUAUUUUUCGGGAGUUCCUGAAGUCAGAAUUCAGUGAGGAGAACAUCGAGUUCUGGUUGGCUUGUGAGGAUUACAAGAAAACCAAAUCUGAUCACUUACAUGGCAAAGCAGAGAGGAUUUAUGAGGAGUUUGUUCAGUCAGAUGCUAUUAAACAGAUCAAUAUUGACUAUCAGAUGAGAGAAGCAACAGCCAAAAGGGCUCAAGACCCAACUCACACAAGUUUUGAUGAAGCCCAGAAAACAGUGUACAUCCUCAUGGAAAGGGAUUCAUAUCCCAGAUUUUUGAAAUCCAAAGCCUACCUGAAUCUUUUGAACCAGCUGGAAACAAACACUUCAAAGUGAAGUGUCUGAGGCAGUGAAGAGCCAAGUAGACUCUGUGUCAAAUAUCCUGUGGAAAGAUCCUUCAGGGUGGUUGGAUCUCAGCACGGAGACCCCCACCUUGGGAGGAGGGGUAUAAGGGAGAUGCAAACAGCUCCAUAGCCAAGAGAACACAGGAUAAAAGCUGGCAAGACUGUUACAAGGGUGAGAGCAGCACAGGGAGAAAAUCCUCUCCUCUCACAUGCCAUGGAGUCGAGACAGAAUAUGGAUACUAUUUACUGUUU